AGUACCGCGGACUCCUCAACUUAGCUGGAGGACGUUUUUAACUAUUCCUAAUUUUCCGUAAUGGGGAAACCUAGUGGUCCUGCUCCACAAGUUAAUGGGAUUUCUCCAAACCAAGGAACCCCUGGGACAAAACUGACCAUUAGAGGAGAAAACUUGGGGAACACUGCAAGUGAUCUUCUACAUGUAUUCAUUGGUGGGAUAGAUGUUGGAAGAAGUGCUCAAUGGUUCUCACCCAAGAAACUUACUGCCAUUACACCACUGGGAGAAGGUGAACUUGAAAUCGUUGUGGUUACCGAUAGUGGGGGCUUUGGAACUGCCGCAGUGAUUUAUCGCCAAAAUAUCCUCCGCGUAGUCAGUCCACAAACUGUUGUAACUUAUUGGCCAGAAGAUGAUAGACGUGUUGCUCCUACUAGUGGUAGUACUUCUGCAGGAUCAUCCGGAUCUACUGUAGCUGUUGGAUGUGUUCCUGGAGCAGAGCUCGAUCAUUCCACCGGCCUUCCAAUGUCAGAGUUGAGUCGAAUUAGUAUGCCACUAUCAGACUCUGCCUUGAGAGAAAUAUACCCACGGUCAGGUUCAGUACAUUUGGCCGAUAAAGAUUUCAAUCCAGUUAUGUUUCUACUGAAAUUCUAUAAAAAUUCUAAUUUUAAUGAUUUAUUGGUUACGGUGAAAAAUUUUCGCCAAAGUAUGGGUCAGGAAGGUCCAGGCGAGCCUGUCAAUGUUAUUAGAACAAAUCUAGUUUUAAUUUUUCGGUGUCUGGAUGGAAUGGAUGGUUUACGUCGUAGAUUGGACAACGAGAAAAAAUCAAUUGAAACAAAUGACAGCAAUGAUUUACGUUUGGAAUCAAUUCUUUACGAUACCCGUACACUUGGUCAUCGUUUAUUUGAAGAUAUUUUAAAACGUAGAGAUAGGGGUGAUUCAAUUAAAAAUGCUAUAUCUGUUUUGCAACGUUAUCAGUUUCUGUUCAAUCUACCACAUGCUAUUCGAACAAAUAUAUCCAAAGGUGAUUACAAUUUGGUAUUAAAUGAUUACUUACGUGCAAAAUCAUUAUUCUCCAGUUCAGAUACUGAAGUUCUACGUCGUAUUUAUAGUGAUGUGGAAACUGUAGUUGCUAAUUUUUCUGUUAUGCUUCGUAAUCAACUGAUUUCUAUGCCAAUUGAUUGUGAUGAUGCAAGACAUAAAAUUGGGUAUCUAACACAAUUAGAAGUGGAUUAUGAUCCUGGUUGGUUAUGUUUGACAUAUUUCAAAGAUUGGCUGAUUGAUCAACUACGUAAUUACCAACGUAUAUCUCAUCAAGAUAUGGUCGAUGGUAAUUCAAUGAAAAAUAAACAGUUUGAUGGUUCUAAUAUCAUUGGUAAUCUUCUCUCCGUGGAUAAUAAAUCGUCUAUACUGAAUCCUGAUUCAUUCAUCUUAUUUGCUGAAGACUUUUAUGGUGUUCCACCAAUGGUUGGUAUGGUAAAAGCAGUAUGUCGUUUACUUACUACACAUGUUAUUCAAUUUUGGCGUUUGGGUACUGCUUAUAUUUCGGGGCAGUUAAAUUAUAACAAUCAAAAAUUUUAUGAUAAACUUGGUCAGACGUCGUCAACAAACGAUCCUAAAGCGGCAUGGCUGCAAAUUAAUUUAGAACUUGUACACUCUGUGUCCAAUCACAUGCGUGAUAUUGUUCUUGAAGCUUUCAGCACUACAUCUAAUGAAACUUCAUUAACUGAUCAUUUAUUAGAGUGUAUAAAAGAAUAUAGACAAUGUUGUAGUUCCCUGCCAUUGUCAGAGAUGUCAUCUGAAAUCUGUGAUAUAUUUGCUAAACUUGCUUAUGAUCUACGUAAACUUGCUGUUCGUGGAAUAUUUCUUCGUGCUCAACUUAGUAAGUUGUGAAUAUUUUAAUUUAGUGGUCAUAUAUUACUAUCUUAGUCAAAAACAAACUAGUCAUUUGAAUAAAUAGCAAAAAAUCUAACAUUUAACUUUUUUUAUUUAAGUAGAAUAACGUUCUCAACAGUGUAAACAUUAAUAUUGAUAAUUAUUUUACAAGUAGUGUCUUGAAUGCUGAUAGAUAUAAGUAGUAUGUAGCCACAGUUGGGUGUGGAAUGCAUGGCAGCAGAAGAUUGAGAGCAAUCAAGAUAACAACAAAAUUGGAACAAUCAUGAGGCAUGUAAACGACAACUGAACGAAGAUGUACAAAUAAUGGAUUUAAUGUAUGGUUUCCAUAUUUUACCAUGAUACUGUAAUUUUGCAUGAAACAAUAAGUUUCAACCACCUGAGUUCUCAUUCACUUCAGUAGUAGUCUAUAGAAAGUUGUUGUUACUAACAUUAAUAUCAAAAUAAUAUCAAUUUAAUUUGGUUAUUGAUUCUCUGAAGAAGUGACUUUCACUAAGCCACGAAACGUCAGAAAAAUCCAAUUUCCUACUCAUUGGGAUAUUACGAAUAUAUUAUUUUUAUUUAUAACAAUCAACCCAAUGCUCAAUUUAUUCGAAAUUAUCAAAUCAAACCUUGGUAAUGACACCUACAUUAAUAUCAAAAGUUCAUUUUCUAUUUUUAUUACAAUUAUGUAUAAAAUAAAUUUACAGUAAACUUGGUUGUAUAGUUUGAGUAAACGAUUUCAUGC